AUGUACAAUCCUCACUACAGCGGCACCUUGGAGAUUCCUCUGAAGGGAUCAGACAAUGUCCUCGAGAUCUCUCGCUCCAACCUUCCCAACCCUGCGGAGCUAUUUGAAAUCUUGAGGUCCGAGGAAGCUCCUCUGAGGCACUACGUCCUCUUCGCGCUCGAGUAUGCUCGUCAGAAUAAUGUCGACUAUGCCAUCAAGAUCCUGGCUGACGGUCUGCAUGUCGAGUACGACUCCAACCCACGCCCCCGCCUUCCCUUGCACAAUCUUCUCGCAUCACUCCACAUCCGCAAGGCAUACCAGCCCGGCGUCACCGCACAAGAACGCAACACUCAUCUCUCAGACGCAACGAAACACUUGGGGUCCGCCGAGAAGAUCAACCCCAAAGACGACACCACCUGGGUCAGCAAAGGACUGUUGUUGCUUGCUCGCAGCUCAUUGGACGACGCCCAUCGCCACUUCAAGCAGGUCCUGGGAGAGAACCCUCGCAGCAUCCCUGCUCUUCUUGGAAUGGCUCGUAUUCAGAUCAUCCGCGAGAACUAUUCCCAAGCAUUGACCACCUACCGCCAGGUUCUGAAACUUCUUCCCGACUGCACACCCAACCCAAGAAUUGGCAUGGGAAUUUGUUUCUACAAGCUUGGCAUGGAGGAUACCGCUAUUACCUCUUUCAGACGCUGUAUUGAGAUGAACCCUCGCGACGCUACAGCCUAUGUCAUGCUCGCGAUGAUCGAAUUCAACAAGACAAAGAAGCAGGAUAUGUCAGGAGAAGAAUUGCACGAUACAUACAAACAGGGAUUCCAGUACCUCAAGGCAGCAUACGACGCCGAUAAGCACCACCCCGUUGCUGGUCUCCUUUUGGGCAAACAUUUCACAUUGAUCGGCGCACCUGAGAAGGCCAUGAAACUCGCCCUCAAGGCAUCAAACUCCACCGGUCUCAAGAAUGUUCAGUCAGAGGGAUUCUACAUUAUGGCCAAGAUCAGUCACCAAAAGGGCGCCUACUCCGAGGCAUGCUCUCUUUACCAAAAGGCAGUCAGCUUCAACCCCGACAACCACAUGGCUCAGUUUGGACUGGGGCAGACGCUUUUGUUCAAGCAGGAUAUCGCCUCUGCCAUCACUGCAUUCGAGAGGAUCCUCGCCAAGGAGCCUAAGUGUGUCGAGGCUAUUGCUGUCUUGGGAUCAAUCUACUCUCGUUCACCAGGAACAAAGAGCAAGGCAUUGGAGUACUUUGACAAGGCAACCAACAUUAUCCACGAACGCAACACUCUCGCAAUACAGGAUCCUCUCAUGUUCACGGAGAUGGCGCAGCUUCUCGAGCAGACCGACAUCAGCAAGACGACCAAGGCGUACAUGUUUGCUCUUGGAAUCUGCAGUCAAAAGAUCGAACGUGGCGAGACUGUGGAAUACAUGCCCGAGCUCCUGAAUAACAUUGCAGCGAUCAACCACAUGGACGGACGUUUGGAUUCGGCUGAGACCAGCUACAACAAGGCACUGGAUCUUUGCGAGACCAAGAUGGAGGAGAACGGAGUGGACGCAGCUACGAGAGCCACCAUCACGUCAAUUCGCUACAACCUGGCUCGUCUCUAUGAGGAGCGAAAUGAGGUUCCACGUGCAGAGGAGAUUUACAGGGACAUUGCUCAAAAGUACCAUGGAUAUGCCGACGCCCAUCUUCGUCUCGGAGUGAUUGAGCAGAACCGUGGCAACUAUGAGCAGGCAACUGAGCUCUACAAGGUUGUCUAUGGCAUGAUCGACAACAAGAACGUGGAUGCAUGGACAUUGAUGGGCAUGUUGCAGCUCAACCAGAACCAGAUCAGGAACUCGCGCAAGACCAUGGAGAGAAUCGUCAAGGAGAUCAACCGCCACGAUGUUUACGCUCUCAUUGCUCUCGGCAACAUCCAGCUCAACAUUGCUCGCGAGGAGAAGGAUAAUGCUAUCAAACAAGAGCUUUACAAGAAGGCGUUUGAGUUCUUUGAUAAGGUUCUAAAGAUCGAUGCCCACAAUGCUUACGCUGCCAACGGUAUCGCCAUCAAUGUGGCCGUUCACGGUCGUCACAAGGAGGCCAGGGAAAUGUUCCUGCAGCUUCACGAGAACGCUUCAACCAUUCCAGCCCUGUCUCUCAACCUGGCGUUGGUGUCUGCUGACAUGGGACAGUACAUGAACGCCGUGACUUUGUAUGCCAGUGCCUCCAAGAAAUACUUUAAUGACGAGGAUCCCAAUGUGUUGCUAUCGAUGGCCAAGGCGCAAUACUGUCUGGCCAAGCAGGAGAAGAGCCCGGAGAAGAUGCUGGAGGCUUUGACCAUGACUCAGAGGGCACUCCGCUUAGCCCCAAGCGACAAGACGACCCUGUACGAUAUUGCGUUGAUCCAACAGUCCUACGCUCAGCUUGUUUCGGAUCGCCAGAGCGAGAACCGCACCAUUGCCGACAUCAAGAAUGCCAUGGCUGGCUUGGGCACUGCCAAGGGAAUCUUGAAGUCAUUGGCAGCUGUGCCAACGAAGGAGCACGUCUACUAUGAGCGCGACAUUGCAGCCCAACGUGAGAAGCACGGAGAUUCGCUGUUGAACAUUUUGGAGCGAAAGCUCAAGGAUCAGGAGGCACACGAGGCAGACAAGGAGCGCCAAGCAGAGGAAUCUCGUCAGAAGCGUGAGGAUGAAAAGACACAGCGCGAGGAGGAAGAGCGGAUACGCCUUGAGAAGCAAGAGGAGGAGGAGCGGGAGAUUCUGGAGAGACGUCGUCUAUUGGAUCUGGGUGCAAAGGAGACUCAGAAGGAGUUGGAUGAGUUGAACCGCGAGCGUGCUGAGCGCAAGCGUAUGGUGGUCAGUGAUGAAGAGGUGAGCGAAGGCGAGUUUGAGAAUGGCGAACGCGAGACCAAGAAGCAGAAGAAGGAGCGCAAGCCCAAGGAGCCCAAGGAACCAAAGGAACCAAAGGAACCUAAGAAGGGCAAGCUUCGCAAGAAGUCCGAGAUUGAGGGCAGGGCCAGGAGCAAGAGUGAAGAUCGGGAUGAGGACGAUCGUGACGGUGAUCCCACCUCCCACCGGAACACUUCCAAGAAGUACAAAUCGAAGGAGAUCAUCGAUUCUGAUGAUGACAUGUCGGAGUAG